UGAGUGCUGGCAGCCUGGGCGUGUGUGGAUUGCAUUAGAGGCUGGGCUUGUGUGCAAUGAAGGCAGCCACUGCCUGGCUGGGAGGCCCCUCACUCAUUGCUUCUCUCUGCCUCUUGCAGCUGCAGGCAGCAGCAUCACUUGCAUGUGGAUAUCAAGCGCUGUGUGCCAGGCUGCUGGUGCAGUGAUUGUUCGGGACAUAUCAUGGAUCCUUCCUUCUCUGAUGUUUAGCUGCUGGAUUGAAGCUGACAGAUGAAAAGCACGGAACAACAGUAGCAGGAUCUCAGAAUCUGGACCUCUGUGAGUAGCCUGAUAAACAACAUGCCCAAAUCUUCAUGUUUCUACACUGAUGAUGUCAAAGAAGACAAUGAAUACACACCAGUGGGAGAAGGCAAAGAGGAAGGUUCACACAAAGCAAACUCAGCCUAGAGGACAAUAAAGUAUUUUAGCUCAGUAUGCAGAAUCAAGGCAGUGGAAAGAUUGUCUUUUAUUAACUUGAAAGUGAAAACGGACGUACUGCAAAGUGAUGGGAUUACUCAAACUACAAGACAAGGAAAAUUAUUAAGUAACAGGAUUUAAAUCACUCCUUGAAUACUUACACACAUUGUCCCUUAACUAAUAUGUUUCCCUCAUUGGAUCAAAAGAUGGUCAGUGUAAUGAGAAGACAGUUUAAAGGAAACAUUGCCUAGAAGAUAAAAGAAGACAUGGCUUCAAAGGUGUCAUGUUUAUAUAUUUUGACAGUUGUGUGCUGGGCAAGUGCACUCUGGUACCUAAGUGUCACCCGCCCAACAUCCAACUACACAGGCUACAGGCUGAACAAAAUAGUUAUAUCUCAAAAAAACAUUUCCUUUGGCAAUAUUAGAACUCGACCCAUAAACCCUCACGCAUUUGACUUUGUCAUUAACGAGCCUGAAAAAUGUGAAAACAAUGGCAGCCCCUUUUUGGUGAUUCUUAUAAGCACAACACAUAAGGAAUUUGACGCCAGACAGGCAAUCCGAGAAACUUGGGGUAAUGAGAGUAACUUCAAGGGAAUUAAAAUUGUAACACUCUUUCUUCUGGGCAGAAACUCGGAUUCUGUUCUGAAUCAGAUGGUCGAACAAGAAAGUCAAAUAUUUCAUGAUAUUGUUGUAGAAGACUUUAUAGAUUCCUACCACAAUCUGACCCUGAAAACAUUGAUGGGCAUGAGAUGGGUGGCUACGUUCUGCUCAAAGGCUAAAUACGUGAUGAAAACAGACAGCGAUAUUUUUGUAAAUAUGGAUAACUUGAUUUAUAAACUCCUGAAACCAACCACAAAGCCUAGGAGAAGAUAUUUUACAGGCUACGUCAUCAACGGAGGACCUAUAAGAGAUGUGCGCAGCAAAUGGUACAUGCCAAGAGACUUGUACCCUGAUAGCAAUUACCCGCCAUUUUGUUCAGGAACGGGAUACAUUUUUUCUGCCGACGUGGCAGACCUCAUUUAUAAGACUUCUCUCCACACAAGACUUUUGCAUCUUGAGGAUGUGUACGUGGGACUUUGCUUGCGAAAGCUUGGAAUUCACCCAUUUCAAAACAGUGGAUUUAAUCAUUGGAAAAUGGCCUAUAGCCUUUGCCGCUAUCGUAGAGUGAUUACGGUGCAUCAGAUAGGUCCUGAAGAAAUGCACAGGAUUUGGAAUGACAUGUCAAGCAAGAAGCAUCUUCGAUGUUAAGAUUUUUGGUUGUACCGUAUACUGUUUUUUGUUAUUAGAAAGGGUAUAGGCAACUUUGAUGUGCCAGUUGUAAAAUUAAAUGUUUGAUUUUUUUUUUUACAACCUUUUUUUUUUCUUUUCUUUUUCACUUUUAUUGGACCAACAUUUCCUGAUUUAUCAUCAGUGAAAAUUACUUUGGUGAAGUUCUAUGGGGUUUUUUCUCAACCCAUACUGUAUAUUCAGUAUUUACAGUAAAUCGUCUGACAAGUAUUGAGUGUUCCUCUGGAUUUGAUAAAGCAGACAUUUAUCCUAUGAUGACUUGACAAUGCAGUCUGUAUUCGUGGGACUCAGAGGCAUUACAAUGUAUGUAUCAUAUCAAUGAGUGCAAUGUUGCCAUGUACUGGAAAUGUAACCUGUACGUAGCUGGGGGAAGGUAUUUUUUUUUACUGAUCAUAUAUGACUAAAUUAAGAAUGUUCUCUGUGCUCAGCUCAAAAACCCAAAAGAUCGCCAAUUCCCUUACUGUAAGUUUAACUGUGUUUCCAACUUUGCUUUAAUUAUUUCAUUCAAACGCUGGAAAAUUAAACUAGUUAAUGUUUGCCUAUAAUAUGAGGGUAAACACCAUCUUAAGUCAAAAGUAAAUUUACAUUUGCACAGAGACCAGGCAGAUAACUUAUUUAAAAUGCACAUCAAUAAAUUCUGGGUAAAGAAAUGCAAAUUGCCACAUAUCUAUUUUGUGCAUCCAUUAGAUCAAUUCUGACUCAUGAAACACAACUUACAAAUCUUAGAUGUGGAGGAAAAAGAAAGUGGAGGCAAAUUGUGAUAAUGGUAGAAAAUUCUAAAAUCUUAUACUAACACACUUACCUCCAGAAUACUGUAUAACCACAAACUGGGGGUUAUCUGGAGGUAAAAUUAAAGGUUUUUUUUUUUUUUUGUACAAUAUCUACUGUGCCACCAUUGUAAGGGCAAUUUAACUAUUUCUUCUGUUUCCCCAACCUUAAUAGUAUUUUCCGCUCAGUCAUACCUCUGUCCUCAUUUUGAUAGGAUAGUCCCGAUACAUGGAUCUCAAAAAAGAGGCCAGGCUUCCACUUAAAUGUGCAUAUUAGAGACAAGCCUUAUUUUACUCUGAGUUCAUGUAUAAAUGUUUGGACUUAUGUCAUAGGUUACAUUCUACCUUUGAAUCAUACUUAUGUACCCUCCAGGAAUCUCUGGUAGACUCAUGGAUUUCAGGCAGCUUUCCUGGUCUCCUGCGACAAUAGGCAGUUCUCCUGCAUGCUACUCACUGUUGGUGGCUGCAGACAACUUCUCUGAUGAAUUGUGUGAACCAUUAAUGGUUGAUGAUGCAAUCCUUUCCCCACCACCCGCUUUAUAAUGCCAGUUAUUAUGGCUUUACAUAAUGAUGAGUGGGGCAGCUUUGAUGUAAUUGCUGUCACACCUCCCCCUGCAUCUUCCACCUGACUGCCUCCUCCUGAAAGAUUAGGGGUUGGAACGUAUGCACUGAAUUUAUGCAUUUAAAAUGUGUUUCUAACUUAAGUUAAGCACAUGUAAACAAAUGUGAAAAUAAAAUUAAUUGCAACAAA